AAUUGGGUGAUUGAUGAGAGUUUGAAGCAACAAAAGUAUCUUGAAGAGGUGUAAUUGUAAUAUCCAUAUCUGCUAUAUCUGCUAUGUUUGUGUCUAAAAGAUCAUUCUUGGUGCAUUCCAAACCAGCGUUUAUCCCCCAGCUCAUACUAAACAACUAUAGAAAUCAGCUACAUUUUCACAAUUCCAGCUAUCUCAGGUCGAAGUAUGAUCCUCAAAAUAUACUAGAAGAAGACUUCGAUCCCUUGCCUAAAUCAAGUGCUUAUAAGAGACCUGAUGAAACAAUAACAGUGAGAUCAGUUAUCUCUGGGAUGCCAAAGAGGCUAGAUCCCAAAUACAGAGUUGGUUAUUCUCCAUUAUACAUUGGUCCAGAUUCUAAAUACAUUGCAGCCUCAAAGAGAUUUUCUAUCACUUUUUCGAUUCUUGGAAUAUAUUUAUCUUGGUUGAUUGAUUCUUCACUAUAUUUCUCAAAGGAUAUUUCAGUGAUAUCUUCAUUAAUCGCAAUUUUGCCCUUACCCAUAUUGAACUACUAUUUUUCAUCGUAUGUUACUAGAGUCUUUAGAGUUUACGAUAAAUCAAAGGGCCCUGUUCAAAAAUUUGAAGAUUUAGUGAAUGAUGAAAAAUUAGUAUUGGAAAAAAUCAAUUGGAGUGGGAAAAAGACUUUCAACAAUUUAGUUCACUUGGAAAACUUGAAGAUUUUAAAUGCAAGAAGUGGUUGGGUUUCAUGGGAGUAUACUGAUCCUGAGUCUAAUAUAAAGCAAUAUUACUAUGUUGCAGACGAUAUUGGUGGGAUUAAAAUGGAUAGAAUUUGGGGAAUAAUUGAAAAUAACUCCAAUAUUGAUAAUGGCAGAUUUAUGGAUAACUCCAUCAUUUUAAAUCAGAAGGACAAUAAUAGUAGGGAUAACGGAAAUUGAAGAGAAUAACUAUAUUUCAGAUAAAUUUCUUUUACUAUUUUUGAAGUCAUCCUUCCAUUUCACUAACUCAGAAUGAAUAGAUAAAUCCACAUGUAUUUAGUAUAUAAUUUUCACAUCAAUAUAUCUUAUUGUUUUCCAUUCCUAUAAAUCUACAAAUGUCAAUUUCUAAAAAUGACAUCAAGUACAGUUUCAUAAAUUUGGAAUCUCA